UCGUAUCAAUUUCAUUGUAUGUGUGUGCGGCAGGUAGCAUUUGAGCUCUGACACUGUGUUUUUGAUAAAGUUCUGCUGAAAAUUAAUUUAAAAUUUGCAAUCAAAACGCUAAUAUAAUUGCCGUAUACAUCAACAUCGUAUCGCAGUUGGUAAAUGGUCGAUAUUCCACAUCAACAGACGAUAGGAACAAGAGAAAGUUGUAGAUAGUGAAGAAAAAAUCGUUACGGCAAGACUCCCAUAACCUAAAUUCGUUUCAAAAUACAAUGUCAAUAAAACGCCGUCCUGGAACUGAUUUAAAUCACGACAAUUGGGAUCAGGAGGAGGAACCGGAAGUACAAGGUGAAUUUAAAAAGGCAUCACAGGAGGAAAUAGCGAAGCGAACGAUUAAAACCGCCAAACGACGAGUCACAGCAUCAGAUAACGACACAGGCAUCAAACCGAGUAGCAGUAUGUUCAGUUCAUUCGCAGGAUUUGGUAAAGAUAAUGGAAAGUCUGGGACGUCAGCAUUUUCGUUUUUGUCAUCAACCGCUACCAGUGCCACAAACGGUGAUUCUUCGUUGGUAAAAGAUAAUUCUGCUGCAAGCAAACUGUCAACUGUUAAGGAAACGGCGCCUACAGGCAUAAUGAGUGAUAAAAGUCAACUUGAUUACUAUGCUAAUUUGAAGGGACUAAAUCAAUCGAUUGCCGAUUGGAUUGCUAAGAAGGUCGAACAAAAUCCAUUCUGCAUCCUAACACCCAUUUUCGACGAUUAUGCCAAGCAUUUAAAAACAAUUCAGGAUAAAAACAAAACAUCUACAGCAGCCGAUACGAAAGCAGCACUUGCCACAACAACAACAACAGCUGAACCGGCAAAGCCAACUUUCUCUUUCGGUGCAGUGGCGCCGGGCACAACUACACCUUUCUCGAGUCUUACCAAGCCGUCGUCGAUGUUCAAAACUGAAAGCUCAUCAGAAGAUAACAAGGGACUGCCGGCUGCGACAACACCAGCAAAACCACCAACAUUUUCAUUUGGAGCUUUGUCUUCAACGGCUGCCACAAAUUCUACGUUCAGCUUUGGUGGACCUGGCGUGAAACCAUUCACGUUCAGUAAUGUAGCGAAACCGGUUGAUUCGAGCAGCAAACCGACUGAUUCCAAUGAAAAGGAUGGUGGUGAUGAGGCCGAUGAGGAUCAGCCACCGAAAUACGAAUUCGUUCCGGUCGUCGAGAAAGACAAUUUCUAUUCGAAGCGAUGCAAGGUGUUCGUCAAAAGUGAUAAGUCGUACGCUGACCGUGGUGUUGGAAUGUUGUAUUUGAAAAAGGUGGAAGGCAGCGCAAAAACUCAAUUACUGGUUAGAGCCGACACAAGUCUGGGCAAUAUUUUACUCAACGUUUUGCUGUCGGAGGGAUUGCCGACACAGCGAAUGGGUAAAAAGGAUGUUAUGAUGAUUUGCUUACCAUUGCCGGACGCAAAAGGGGCUACGUCUGUGUUGAUUCGUGUUAAGGACGAAGAGGAAGCUAAUGAUUUGUUGGCCGAAAUUAAUAAAAAUAAAAAAUGAUUUGUUACGAUUGGGUUGUUGCCAAUUAAAAUUAUAAAUAGAACCGAA